AUGGCACCAAAGGAAUGGAAUACCGUUUCUCAGGCUAAUAAUCGUGGAUCACCUACUUCUGAUGAGAGUUAUUCGCACAGCCAUUCACAUAGUCAGCCUAGCACUAUAGAUAAGUCGACACCAAGUUCUAAUACAAGCAACAACUCUAGUAGUACCGUGGGUGUUAAUAAGAACAAUGCUGGUAACAAACGUGUUAUGAAGCGAAAUAGAGUCUCAUACGUGUGCUAUGCUUGUCGUAGGAGAAAAACUCGAUGUGACAGAGGUAAUCCAUGUUCAAAAUGUGUCGCACUUAGCACGGAAUGUGUUUAUUCUAUCUCAGAGAUGAACAACGGCAAUAAAGUCAGCGCUACGCAAGUGCUAGCAGAGACAAGUGGUACUGCUUUGCCCAAUUCUACCGCUGAUAUCGUUGCGACUGCUAUAAGUGACCCAGCUUUGAGCAAUCUACUUCCACUGCAGCAAUUGUCUGCGAUGCUACCACAUUUUCAACAACAAUCGAAGUCUAUCAAGCCUCCUAUGGGUUCUGCAGUGCCGUUACAGCCACCAGAAGUUGAUAUUUCAUCUUCUACCGUUCAUGCAGAUGCAAUGAGAAUAGUAAAGCUUGAGGAAGAGGUUGCCUUCUGGAAAAAUAAAGCUAAUUCUAUGGUGCCGCCAGGUGCGUUAAACAGUUUACCUCGAUCAUAUACUGAUGCUCCAGUGGAUUCUCCACAUUCUAGUGCAUUCACAGAGUCGUCUUUGAGCAAUCCAGCACGAAUACCAUUCUAUCCUCAUUCGAUAGAUAAUGCAGCCAAUGGAAAAGGAUUUGGUCAAAUACGGAUCUCUUUAGAAGAUUCCGAAAAAACUUUCUUCAUUCACGAACAGUUAAGAGCAUUACAUCCUCCGUUCGGCUUUAUAUCAUUGGUCUUCAGAGACCCGCACCUUACCUGUUCAUUUGCCUCUAUUUACGGAUUCACUUACACUAAAAUCAUUGAAUUUGUUGGAGAUAAAGACGACAUCACCAUUCAAAAUGUUAUGAAAUUUGGUGGCUCCUCUUUAAUAUCUGGCGAGCAUUCGUUGAUAUACUAUUGCGAUCCAGGCAUGAUCAAGCAUCUUCAAUGGGCAAGGAAACAAAAUGUACUAAAAGCAGUGCCCACCGUCGUCUUCACAAAAGGUGACAGACUUGAAGAUUUUAUCAAAUCGGAAUACCCACCGGUGCUUCAAACGUUAUUAAGCGAUAUUCUGGAGACGUUGCCGCCUACAGGUGCUGGUAUCACGUUUUAUCUUUUCCAGUUUCUAAAAUCCAUUUAUCCAUUUUAUCCUUAUUUGGAUGUUGAGCCAUUCCUAGAAUCGAUAUACAGGAUGAUUAGUUAUGAAGAUGCCACCGGUGCUCCUACUGGAAAAGCUCGUUGGAACUUGAGUAAGGAUAACUUACGUAACGAUUUGGAAAACUUGGCAAUUUUUAUGGUUAUUCUACAAAUUUCGCAUGAUUUUCUUACAGUGUCAUUAAACGAAGAUGUCAAAAUGGAUUGCAUUGCCCUAGGUUUGCAUAAAUUAGAUUUUACUUAUGAUAAGUGGUUGUCUUUGUCCCAGAGAAUUCUUACUUUAUUAAAUGUGGACCGAUUUUAUUCCGAAGACAUAUUUUGCUGUAUGCUUUAUCAAAGAAUUUGCUGUUCCUUUUCUCCAAGAGAAAGCAACUUGUUACUUGAUCAGCAUCUUUUAUUACAUUCUGGUCAAUUGCUUCAAACAGCUUUAGUUUUGGGAUUGCAUAAGGAUCCUACUGAUUAUAAGUUAAUGUUCAAUCCGUCACUAAUUCCUCAGAGGGUAAUCAAUUACAGAAGAAAGCUUUGGUUAGGCCUUUGUAAUUCAAUAUUUCAAGAAACUUUGCCAUUAGGGUUCACAGCUAAAAUUGAACAAUACCAUGACUACUUUUUCAAAAAUUUAGAUUAUACGAGCUUCAUGGAGUCUGUUAGAAACUCUAUGACGUCUUCCGGCAAAUUUGAUUACCAACUCAUUAAUUUGGCGAUAAAAAAAUACCAACUCGGACUACUUAUGGCCAAGAUUAAUAAAGCUUGUACCGAUUUUGUUCCUGCCGCUGUUUCUGAAAUUCUAUUCAUGAUUUCAAAGCUAGAAGCAGAGGUUUUGAAAUUUGAAAGUUUAAAAGACUACCCUGGAGAUACCCAAGCAACGAUCAAACUACCAUCCACUACCUGUACAAUGGAUAUCGCGGAGGUUCUGCGUUGCGAAAUUGUGAUUAUGAAGCUUGCAACAAGUUCGCUAAUUCACAAUGUACUUUGGUCUUUGUAUUUGAAAGUCGAAGUCAAACUAAAAUCGGAAGAGAAUGCCACCUUUUAUAGGCUGCAUUCUACUCUAUUUGAAAUGAUGGUUUUCAACUGUUUCAAGUUCUACAGUUUCCUUUCCGAUCUUAUGUUCAAUAAAUAUGAAAAAGACACUGCUCAGUUCCGCUACGUACUUGCAAAGCACAUUCAACAAUCUUAUUUGAGAGUUUCUUUAUGUUUCCUCAGUAUCUUACUCAAAUUGGCAUUGGUGGAAAAAGAUUUGGAGAUGACUGAACGACAUGCAGCAUCAACUGUUGUUGAAAACAUCAACGCACCUACCGUAUCUGUCUCGAAAUUGCAGCUCGUGAAAGAACUAUAUGAUCUUACUGAAAAAUGUUUCAUUUCCCUUGCAACUCAAUCGAAGAAGUAUGACCUAUUAAAAACAAGCUUGUUUUAUAAUAAAACACAAUGUUUAUUUGCAUAUUUUAUCCAAAUCCUUCAAAUGGACAGAAUAUUAGACGUUUCGACCAGGUUUUGGGACUUCAAGCUCUGCAAUAAGCCAAUUCCGCAGAAAGUAGUAACAUCAAUUGCCAGAAAAUGGGGCCUUGAUGUAGAACAUGCAGAAACUAUUAGAACUAAUUUCUACCUUCACUCUUCGUUACAUUUGAUAGAUGCGGAUGUUUGGAUUCACCUUCAAAAGAGAUUGGUCAAGUUAAACCUACCAUCAGCCAAUUUAUCAUCAAAUGCAUUCGAAAAAGAUCCUUUGUACUCGGCUGCUUCCUCGGUAGAUGCACCAAUGGAUUUAAAUCUUGACCUUUCAAACUUCUUCGAUCUUGAUGCCAAUUUAGGUUUUCCUUCCUUCUCCUUCUAG